AUGUUUGGUAUCAUUAGCACCUGCGCCCAUCUAACAUUUCUCAGACUUUUAUUCAUUUUUGGCACGAUCGGAGCUUACAAGCAUCGCAAGAAGGAUGGUAGUGAAGGGACGAUGGUAGCGCUUCUGGACGAUCUCCGCGAACAAGAUGAGGACUACGAGGAGGGAGACGAAACGAUUCAAGAAUCCUGGGAUCCAAACGAACGCGGUGAUGAACAGUAUUACCGUAAAAAUCACUCAGAAAUCAAAGAGUUAUCGUACGGGCAAUCUCAAUUUCACUGCGGUGACAAUGAAUCGUUUUACGUACCAGAAACUGAACAGUGCUAUCGAGUGUUUUAUUGCCCAGAAUCGCUGCGUUACCGCUGGCGUACAUUUGCGUGGUCAACAUGUGCUGAAGCUCGUGCUGAAAGGCAGUGGUUGGCCAGUAGCCUGCAUUGUUCGGAUGCGUAUCGGGGGCAGUUGUUCGAUUUCCUGGAUUCGCCAACCAUUAAACUGCGUUUCGCAUGGUGGAUUGCAAAAAAGAUUGCCCAGAAGAUGGAGCGCGCCGGAUUUUUUUGGAACAUGGCGAUUGGUACGCGAAUGGACGGUGAUGGAAUGCUAAUUGGUACCCGAGGUAGUGUUGGAAGUCGUAAGAAACGACCAAUCAGGCAGCCAAUAAGCGAUUUGCCAAAAUUUCGUGUCUAUAAACCGCUUCCUUGCCAAAGUGAUGUCUGCUGUCUGGCGUGGUACUCGGGAAAAAUGCUUAAGGAUUUUUGGAGCAAGACAAUUAUUGUUGCACGACGUUCAUGUGAAAAUCAUGGUGGUGGGACAUACUUGUGCCAAAAAAAUGCAAAUUCUGGUUCACCAGAGCCAAGAGAAAAAGUUGGAAAGAGCACUAUAAUUUCCGAUGACCGGAACAAAUUCAGACUCAAAUUAAUGCGCCCAAAUGAGCAUGAAAAUCAUGAAAAUGAAGCAGUGACCGAAUGA